AUGCCGGACCUGGUUAGCAUGAACUUUUAUUCAAACACCCUCUCUCGUCCAAUAACAACUCUCUAUCAUCCAAUCACAGCGGAGCCCCUGGUGAGGCAGGUGAAGAAGACGCGCAUCAAGAGGGAUGACUUCCACAUCUUGAAGGUGAUUGGUCGAGGGACCUUCAGUGAGGUGAGAGGACACCGCCGAAGGUCAAGGUGCACAUUGGACAAUUGAAUCUUGUCUCCGUGGUGACAUGUUUGUGUUGCUGUAUUUAUAGGUGGCUGUGGCGAGGAUGCGUAGCACACAGCAAGUGUACGCCCUGAAGGUUAUGAAUAAGUGGGACAUGCUGAAGCGAGGAGAGGUAAAUAUAAACACACAUACACACAGGAACUUUUUAGUAUACUGCAUUCUCCCUAUUCACAUAACGGAUACAUUUUGUGUUAGCACCGACUUCCUUCCUUUGUGGCUUCUCGCUUCUACUGUAAAACAUAAUGUGACGUCAUCCCUUCUACCUGUGUUGCGUUUCUGUGUGUCUGUAUGUGUGUCCUGUAGACAGCUUGUUACCAGGAGGAGAGAGAGGUUCUGCUGAAGGGUGAUCGACGCUGGAUCACUGAGCUGCACUAUGCCUUCCAGGAUGACAAUUACCUGGUGGGUAUCAGUAACAAACUCUCAGUACCAGGGUCACUUCGACCUUCAAGUCUGACACUGCAGUCUACCUUGUGUGUUUCAGUGGCAGAUUCUUGUCUGUUCUGUUCAUCAGUGUCACUUUAGGGAUAACCCCUGUCUAGUUUGACUGAAGCGUAAAUGUGUAAAUGUAGCUUCCCUCAGUUUCUUUCCCUUAAAAUACACCAAGGAAAAAUGAAUGAAUUUCUCUUUCACUCUCUUUACUUUCCACCUUCACUGGCACUAUCGCUCCCCUUUCACAAUCUCUCUCUCUCUCUCUCUCUCUCUCUCUCUCUCUCUCUCUCUCUCUCUCUCUCUCUCUCUCUCUCAGUACCUUGUGAUGGACUACUAUGUGGGUGGUGACCUGUUGACCCUGCUCAGUAAGUUUGGCGACCGUAUCCCUGAGGACAUGGCGCAGUUCUACCUGGCUGAGAUGGUCAUGGCCAUCGACUCCAUCCACAGGAUGGGCUAUGUGCACAGGUUAGUUAGUCAGAGACACCCGGAAAGACGACAACAUCCAGCAAACCAUUUGUGGUGUUCCUAGAAUGCCCCCCUAAAGUUCUGAAAACAAUGCCCCCCUAAAGUUCUUCUGUUUCUAGAAGGAAUGUUCUCAGAACACUCAGACUAUUUACAUAAGAAGGAAUUCCCCUUGACCACGCCCACAAAUUGGGGAAAACAAUCAUUAUUUCGCAAUGCUCCCACGUAGGGAAACAGAGCCUGCGAGAAGAGCCCUGUGGCUUCAGGGUAUUCAGUGUGUAAGAGUCGGAAAUUGUGGGGACCCGGUGUUCAAGUAGGCUAGACGUAGCUAUGUGUGUGGAAAACAUUUCAUGACAGGUAAGACAAUUAACUUGUGUAAUAUAGUCUGUUUGUAACUCCACUCACUACUUGAAGCAUUAUAGUCCGUUUUUUUUGUGUUGUUGGUCUUGGCUAGCUUAAUGAUGUUCUGGUUGGUAGCUAGCUGUACUUUUCUUAAAUGUAGGUUUGUAAUUGACUUAAAAAAGCAGACAACAAGAAAAUUGUGUUUGAAAAAGGUUACGUUUUUCUUUGUGAGCCAAUGGGGUAACCAAGGUAACCACAGGUUGUUUUCCCCACAGGUGGGCGGGGCCGUACGUCUAUUUAAUACCGACUGGGACUAUUGUUCCUUACUUUGGAACACCUACAAGGGAAGUUCCGAGAACAUUGUUGACUCUAGAAUGGAUGAAUAUAUAAGCAUACAAUAACUUGCAUUUGUUUUUUAGUGUGGACCGUCUACUGCAUCUGAUGGUUUAAUUUUGUUCCAUGCACCGCAAAUGAGUGCAGGGUUCCAAGAACCAUGGCAACAUUAGCUAUGAAAUCCCAUAUAGAUGGCCUGGGAACGGGAAGACCGUUGAAAGCACAUAGACAGAUUGGCAUCCUUCACUCUCCCUUCUGCAGGGACAUCAAACCUGACAACAUCCUGCUGACGGCAGAUGGCCACGUCAGGCUGGGGGACUUUGGUUCCUGUCAGAGGGUCCAGGAGGAUGGCAUGGUGAGAGGCCCCAAAGGGCCACAAAACGCUCACAAUUCACUCCACUGUUAACAAUAUUGCCGUGCAAAAGUUACAGACUGGGUAUAGAACCUGGGUCUACUGUCACAACCCACUGGGCACACCACGUCAUUUCAACAUGGAUAAUUGGGCAUUUCGUUGAGACGUUGAUCAAUGAGAUUACAACCUAUAUUCACCCACUCAAAAAGACAACUAAAAGCUUGUUGAAUUUCCAAUGUUUUAUCACUAUGCUUUCAACCAUCUAAAAGCACAACCAAAUUCCAAUGGAAAAACAAUGUCUAAUUUUUGGUUUAGUUGUCACCCAAAUGUCUAUCACUGCGCUUUCAACCAUUUCAAAGCACAGCAAUGUUCAAAUGGGAAUACAAUGUCAAAUUGUUUAUUUAUUCAACAGAUUGUGUUGUCACUGUGCUUCAUCUACUAGCAGAACCAAAAUGACCUGGAUUGCAGUUGAGAUUACGUUAAAAGUACACGAUCAAUGCCAGCCAUCAAUGCCGUUUGAGAUUCCAUGCAUUACAAAAGUAAUAUUGAAUUGUGUUUGGUUGACAAUGCAACCAAAUAUUAACAUUUAAAGGAAAUGUAUCUAGUGCUUGGAUAAUUCCAUCUGAGCCAACGGCUUAAUCCCAUUCUUUAAUUUACAUUUUUGGUUGAGUUGGAGAUGUGACAUUUUGUCGAGCAAAACUUUUUGUGGAAGGUACUACACUGCGUACAGACCCCAGGCACUCAACGUUGUCAACAUAAAGUACAUCGUGUUUCCUUGUAGGCCUAUUUGUUGGGCAAACUGUGAAGCCAGUUGUUGCCCAUUGCCUGUUUAUAUUUAUGAGAAUGUGAAACAAUGUUGUGUCUGUUUGCUGCUUUUCAUUAAAUCAUGUCGCUGUUCUUUAGUCUAUUCUUCAUAUGGGCAGAAUAUUAAGCCUAUAUUUUGUAGCACAGGAUAACGAAUUUAUGAAAAUAAACAAUUCACGUGAAAAUAUUUGGAUCUGGUAAAAGGCCGACAUUUGGUCAUUUCAACUGAAAAAAGACUCUUUGUCACAUGACAAUAGAAUUGGAAACAUUGUGAUUUUAGAGACACAAAGUAACGAUAGCCUCUAUGAUUAAGAGGCUAUCUGUUACUGGGCUCUCACCAUCAUCAUUUUCAUUAUUUACAUCAUUCAAAUUUACCAAAUCAUUUUGUUUACUAGGCUACUCAUUUGUUGUCAUUAAAUGUCCUGAAUAAUAGAAAGUAAAAAACUAUUGGGUGUUCGCGCAAUAGCCUAGGCUAUCCUACACAAUUACGCACAGUACCUCGGUGUCCAAUCCGAUGCACAGAAACAUAUGAAACCAUUAACUCAUUGCCUUCAUGCUUUCUCUGUUAAAUCUUCUAGACCCUGCUGUAAAUCAAGCAGAAAAUAGCAGAUAAUCAACAUAAAUGUAUGGGUAUUGGAUUGGAUCCAACAUGGAUCACAACUUCACUGGCGCCACAAAUGAGACAUCAACAUAUUCUGGCCAGCGUUUUCCCACACUGGCUGUUUUUGUAUCCCUUGCUAUAGCACAACAGUUGUUUGUCACUUUACUGGAUCAGCUGAUGAUGGUCGACAAUAUCACUAGGCCUAACUAAACAGCUGGAUACCAAACAUGCAUCCAACAAGUAGGUCUAUUAGCCUACACAUAGCCUAUUGAAGAACCAUGCAAGUUAGGUGACUCUUUCGGUAAGAAGCAUUCGAUUUUGCAAUUGCACACAUCAUUUUGAAUUUGUGUGCCCAUAAAAACUGUUUUAAUGGCGUAGCUUAAAACAUCAAGAAGAACAUUUGAUAAAGCUGUGCUGCCGUUAAUAGUGCACCAUCUCAUAGACGCAGCAAGACUUUCGUCCCACGUUUUUUAAUUAAUUAAUUAAUGUAUUAGUAGGCUUAUGGAUUACAUUUUCAAGUUAUUCGCCCAACCCUGUUUUAUUUAUUCUGUAUAAAAGGAAUGCAACAAAUGCAGCAUGUUUUUAUUUAUUUAUUUUAAACAAUAUUCUGCCCAUAUGAAUGAAUUUAUGUACAAUAUUCUGCCCAUAUGAACAAAUGUAUAUACAAUAUUCUGCCCAUAUGAACAAAUGUAUUUUAGGGCAUAAGUGAACCUAUAUAUGAGAGCCUUCAGACAGGUUUAAAUGAGUUUACCCACUAAUGUAUUAGUAGGCUUAUGGAUUACAUUUUCAAGUUAUUCGCCCAACCCUGUUUUAUUUAUUCUGUCUAAAAGGAAGGCAACGAAUGCAGCACUUUUUUUUUUAUUUAGACCCUGUUCUAUACAAUAUUCUGCCAUAUGAACCAAUUUACCACCAGCCAGCCGUCGUUGCCCAGCCAAUCGCGUACACGUAUUAUACCCCAGCAAAUCGCGCACACAGACGAAAGAGUCACCGACAAAGGAGUUCGCUUCUGCUGCAGCCUUCUCUGUAAAAUAUAACGCGGUGCUUCGGAAUCCAACAUAUCAUUUAUUUACUUGUCGACAAGUUAAAGGGGAUCAUCACCCGCUGAUUUGGCCUUGUUUUUUGGCUUGCUCUUCAUGAAAUGCAGGCGUCCAUGACAGAAGCCAAAUGUGAGUUGACUUGGGGGUGUGGUUUGAUGUGGGUGUUUCUUGGGUGUGUCCUUGCCACACACCCAUCUGUCAGAACCUUGCCUGCAGCUGUUUCCCACUCAAUCACAACAAACUAACCUACAGGCAGAUGUAUGUUGAGCCGGAGGAGCCUUUGAAUAGGUCAGUAGCCUACAGAGUAAUAUGAGAAGAAUGCAAUUGCUGAAUUUAUGUAGAUAUUAUUCUAAACUAAGUGUUUUGAUGACUUUCAAAUGGAGUAACAGGUCAAUGUAGAAUAAACAACCCUUUACAUAAUACCAUAGAAGCAGUGUUCUGCUAGUUUAACGAUGUCCACCUUUCACCUUUCAUUGUCAUUCCCAGCCAAUACAGAUACUGUGCCUAUCUGCAUUUUGUCUGGUGGUAAUGGGGCUACCUUGGCAAACAUGUCAGAGUGGUCAUACCUUCCUGUUUGGUGUCCCGUAUACAACAGGAGUUCCCUGAUCCUGGUGCAGAAUACACAGGGUUUCUCCCUCUCCAUAUUGACUGAUACCAUUCAAUUCAAUAAAAAAGACAAUACAAUUAAUAGUUAUGUCUAGUAACAUUUUAAUGCUUUGUGCCAGGUCUCUCUCCAUUUAGAGACAUCAGUAUCAAGCCUGUCUGUCAGCCUGGACUUCAUCACAUCAUCUUGCAAGUCUCCAUUUGUUGGCUCCAUACGUGUGUCUGUGAACACACACACAUAGUCACUGUUCUAUUACCAAUGGCAGUUAGGAUAGGUAAUAUCUGACACACAAACCGGUACUAUGUUGAAGUUUGAACAGGUCAGAUAAAACCUACCCAAUGAUGGUUUCCCCAUCAAACGGUCAAAGCUGGCGUCUGGCAAAAGCAUCUACAGUCCUCUCCAUCUGUAGAAAUAGUCAGAGUAGAGGCAGAGCUCACCAGUGACCCAUGGAAUGAAAAGGGUGUUGCAAAUACUGGACAUUUCUGCUGUACUGUAUUAUUAGUAAUCCCCUUCAGUCCCACGUUGUGGAUGUGUUGAGUGCCAGGUCUCUCUCCAUUCAGAAACGUCAGUAUCAAGCCUGUCUAUCGGUCAGGACUCCAUCACAUCAUCUUGCAAGUCUCCAAGUGCUGGCUUGAUAGAUGCAUCUAUGAACACAUACACAGUCACUGUUCUAUUACCAAUGGCAGUUAGGAUAGGUGAUAUAUGACAAACAUAUACAGUGAGGGAAAAAAGUAUUUGAUCCCCUGCUGAUUUUGUACAUUUGCCCACUGACAAAGAAAUGAUCAGUCUAUAAUUGUAAUGGUAGGUUUAUUUGAACAGUGAGAGACAGAAUAACAACAACAAAAUCCAGAAAAACGCAUGUCAAAAAUGUUAUAAAUUGAUUUGCAUUUUAAUGAGGGAAAUAAGUAUUUGACCCCCUCUCAAUCAGAAAGAUUUCUGGCUCCCAGGUGUCUUUUAUACAGGUAACGAGCUGAGAUUAGGAGCCCACUCUUAAAGGGAGUGCUCCUAAUCUCAGUUUGUUACCUGUAUAAAAGACACCUGUCCACAGAAGCAAUCAAUCAAUCAGAUUCCAAACUCUCCACCAUGGCCAAGACCAAAGAGCUCUCCAAGGAUGUCAGGGACAAGAUUGUAGACCUACACAAGGCUGGAAUGGGCUACAAGACCAUCGGCAAGCAGCUUGGUGAGAAGGUGACAACAGUUGGUGCGAUUAUUCGCAAAUGGAAGAAACAGAAAAUAACUGUCAAUCUCCCUCGGCCUGGGGCUCCAUGCAAGAUCUCACCUCGUGGAGUUGCAAUGAUCAUGAGAACGGUGAGGAAUCAGCCCAGAACUACACAGGAGGAUAUUGUCAAUGAUCCCAAGGCAGCUGGGACCAUAGUCACCAAGAAAACAAUUGGUAACACACUACGCCGUGAAGGACUGAAAUCCUGCAGCGCCCGCAAGGUCCCCCUGCUCAAGAAAGCACAUAUACAGGGCCGUCUGAAGUUUGCCAAUGAACAUCUGAAUGAUUCAGAGGAGAACUGGGUGAAAGUAUUGUGGUCAGAUGAGACCAAAAUCGAGCUCUUUGGCAUCAACUCAACUCGCCGUGUUUGGAGGAGGAGGAAUGCUGCCUAUGACUCCAAGAACACCAUCCCCACCGUCAAACAUGGAGGUGGAAACAUUAUGCUUUGUAAUAAAAGACACCUGUCCACAACCUCAAACAGUCACACUCCAAACUCCACUGUGGCCAAGACCAAAGUGCUGUCAAAGGACACCAGAAACAAAAUUGUAGACCUGCACCAGGCUGGGAAGACUGAAUCUGCAAUAGGUAAGCAGCUUGGUUUGAAGAAAUCAACUGUGGGAGCAAUUGUUAGGAAAUGGAAGACAUACAAGACCACUGAUAAUAUCCCUCGAUAUGGGGCUCCACGCAAGAUCUCACCCCGUGGGGUCAAAAUGAUCACAAGAACGGUGAGCAAAAAUCCCAGAACCACAAGGGGGGACCUAGUGAAUGACCUGCAGAGAGCUGGGACCAAAGUAACAAAGCCUACCAUCAGUAACACACUACGCCGCCAGGGACUCAAAUCCUGCAGUGCCAGUCGUGUCCCCCUGCUUAAGCCAGUACAUGUCCAGGCCCGUCUGAAGUUUGCUAGAGUGCAUUUGGAUGAUCCAGAAGAGGAUUGGGAGAAUGUCAUAUGGUCAGAUGAAACCAAAAUAGAACAUUUUGGUAAAAACUCAACUCGUCGUGUUUGGAGGACAAAGAAUGCUGAGUUGCAUCCAAAGAACACCAUACCUACUGUGAAGCAUGGGGGUGGAAACAUCAUGCUUUGGGGCUGUUUUUCUGCAAAGGGACCAGGACGAUUGAUCUGUGUAAAGGAAAGAAUGAAUGGGGCCAUGUAUCGUGAGAUUUUGAGUGAAAACCUCCUUCCAUCAGCAAGGGCAUUGAAGAUGAAACGUGGCUGGGUCUUUCAGCAUGACAAUGAUCCCAAACACACUGCCCGGGCAACGAAGGAGUGGCUUCGUAAGAAGCAUUUCAAGGUCCUGGAGUGGCCUAGCCAGUCUCCAGAUCUCAACCCCAUAGAAAAUCUUUGGAGGGAGUUGAAAGUCUGUGUUGCCCAGCGACAGCCUCAAAACAUCACUGCUCUAGAGGAGAUCUACAUGGAGGAAUGGGCCAAAAUACCAGCAACAGUGUGUGAAAACCUUGUGAAGACUUACAGAAAACGUUUGACCUGUGUCAUUGCCAACAAAGGGUAUAUAACAAAGUAUUGAGAAACUUUUGUUAUUGAUCAAAUACUUAUUUUCCACCAUAAUUUGCAAAUAAAUUCAUUAAAAAUCCUACAAUGUGAUUUUCUGGAUUUUCUUUCUCAUUUUGUCUGUUAUAGUUGACGUAUACCUAUGAUGAAAAUUACAGGCCUCUCUCAUCUUUUUAAGUGAGAGAACUUGCACAAUUGGUGGCUGACUAAAUACUUUUUUUCCCCACUGUACUUUCUCAUUUUAUGAGGUGGUAUUGACUGAGAGGUCCUGUGACAGGUUGAUACAAUAGACAGCCAAGUGGUAAAUUGCAUUUUGUUAUAAAGAAAGGACAACGGCUUUUGAUAAUGCACUUCACAUCCAAAAUGAUUCUACCCACUAAACAUUUGACGUCUUUUUGACAUAUUUUUCAGGUCCUCCGUCUUUUGGGGUAUUUCUUUGGUCCGAUCCGGACCAAAUCUGAACCAAUCAUAAACGUCCACAGACGUCAGACCGGCCUUGAAUUUAGCUCAAAAAUAGAAGUCUAUAAUUGGUUCAGAUUUGGUCCGGUCUGGGACAUCUAUGGUCACAAGUUUGGACAGCACAGUACAGCACAAUACAGUAGAGCACAGCAGAGUACAGUACAUUACAGUACACAGUACAGUAAAGAAAAAGUGGAGUAUAGUACAGUAGAGUUAAGUACAGUACAAUACAAUAGAGCACAGUAGAGCACAGUAAAGUAAAGAAAAGUAAAGCAUAGUGUACUGUAUUUUACCCUACUUUACUCUAAUGUACUCUACUCUACUGAAUUAAACUCUACUGUACUGUACUCCACUGAAUAAAACUCUACUGUCAUGUACCAUACCAUACUGUAAUGUACUCUUCUGUGUUCUACUGAGCUCUACUGUACUAAACUGUGCCGUACUGUACUGUGUUCAAACUUCUGAAACAUUAGCUAGACGUCUAUGAUUCGUUCAGAUUUGGAUCUGGGCCUCACCGACCAAAUGUGUACUUGUUUCGGGGCGGAGCUCAUUAGAAUAAUACACAGCAUGCUUUGCACCCAAAAAAAAAUAGGGUCUGACCCCAUUCAGUCGACUGGUCGAUUGUUUGGUUUAUAGGCUGUAUUGGACACGUUGUUUGCAGAGCGCACAACCUAGGCUACACUUGUGAGAAUUUUUUUUCUGUUUAUUUCAUUCCAUUUAUGAGUUGUGAAUUUAUUCAUUGUCUUCUUCAGUAAGAACACGCACCUGAUUACGCAUAGAAGUAGGCCUAGGCUACCUGGCCUGCUCGUAAAUGUAGGCCAAUAAAUGUGCCCAUUUGGGUAUCUGAUACUAUUUCUGAUUGUCUUAUCUCACCAUCACUGUGUAGCUUUUCAAACUAAUUUUGUCUUUGCCUCAAACAGCAAGUAAACAAAGUCUGUUUUUUCAUCCAUUGAGAAUGAAAAUAGUUCCCCAACAGCCUAUUUGUAAAAAUCUUUCCAGCUCUCUCCUUUUUGAUAACCACUCAGCAUGUAAUGCUCUGAUCCAGUGGAAACGCCAUAAAAUAGGCCUACCUGAUUACUUCUUAUCCUUUGUGCAAAUAUUCUACAGCUGUAUCUGUCUGGAGCGCAGGAAACUCUGUAUUAAAUAUUUUAUACAAUGUUGCAAGUUUGCUAGCAUGAUCGGGCUGGGCCAAGUUCAUAGUUGAUAUAAUGUUUCAAGUUCCUUGCAGACAGGCCAUGCGUAGCCAAUGUGAUUUCUAGAAUAUUUAUUUGUAUCAGGAUAUUUUCUACCUGCAGGAUGCAAUGUUUUUAUUUGUUGGUUUAUGAAGGCUAUUUUUACAUAUUUGCAAUUGCAAUGGAAGUUAUUUUUAGAUGUGUAUCAUUUUCAUUUAGAAUUUUGAUUAACCACAUAACAUUGAUUUUGAAAUAUGAAUACUUUAUUAUUAAUGAAAUGUUCCACAAAAUGUGCAUAUGAAAAUAAUAACUGGCAUGCAUAUCAAUAUAAAUGGUACGAUAACUUGGCACUCCAAAUGGAAAAGUUUGCCUACAGCUGGUGUACCCUAUUACCGGCAACUUUAGGAGCCUAAUGGCGGAAUCAAACUAUAAAUGCACUUUAAAUAAAGUUUGAUUUGAUUUAGAUCUAUUCUUUGAUUUAGAUUUUUGGUUGAGAUGAAGAUGUGAAUCCAAACUAUCAAUUAGUCAUUUGUAGACAAACUGGAAUUAAAGCCAGACCAAGUCAGUGGCACAUAUGAAACUAUCCAAGCAGAAGAUACAUCUCUUUCAAAUGUUCAUAUUUGGUUGCGUUGACAAUUAAACAUAAUUCAAUAUCACAAAAAAUUAUUACAUUUGAAAUCAACCAGAGCUUGAAAACCUAGGCCUAUGUAUUUUAAAUGUUUUGUUGAAUCCUGGAUUGAAUUGAAACUAUAGCUGUUGAUGACUUCAAUAGCAACUGUGAAUCAAUUUCAUUUUUAAGUGGAGGUCUCUCAACAAUCAUUCUCACGAUGGCACAUUGGUAAUAGUCAGAGACAAAUAUCAUAGCUAAGCAGAGCAGGGCUGGGCUUGGUUAAAACCCUGGAAGGGAGACCAAAUCGUAGCUGUAGAUACACUACAUGACCAAAAGUGUGUGGACACCUGCUCGUCGAACAUCUCAUUUCAAAAUCAUUGGCAUUAAUAUGGAGUUGGUCCCCCCUUUGCUGCUAUAAAAGCCUCCACUCUUCUGGGAAGGCUUUCCACUAGAUGUUGGAACAUUGCUGCGGGGACUUGCUUCCAUUCAGCCACAAGAGCUGUAGUGAGGUCGGCCAUUGAUGUUGGGAGAUUAGGCCUGGCUCGCAGUCGGUGUUCCAAUUUAUCCCAAUGGUGUUCGAUGGGGUUGAGGUCAGGGCUUUGUGCAGGCCAGUCAAGUUCUUCUACACCGAUCUCGACAAACCAUUUCUGUACAGACCUGGCUUUGUGCACGGGGCAUUGUCAUGCUGAAACAGGAAAGGGCCUUCCCCAAACUGUUGCCACAAAGUUGGAAGCACAGAAUCGUCUAGAAUGUCAUUGAAUGCUGUAGCAUUAAGAUUUCCCUUCACUGGAACUAUGGGGACUAGCCCGAACCAUGAAAAACAGCCCCAGACCAUUAUUCCUCCUCUACCAAACUUUACAGUUGGCACUAUGCAUUGGGGCAGGUAGCGUUCUCCUGGCAUCCACCAAACCCAGAUUCGUCCAUCGGACUGCCAGAUGAUGAAGCGUGAUUCAUCACUCCAGAGAACGCGUUUCCACUGCUCCAGAGUCUAAUGGCGGCGAGCUUUACACCACUCCAGCUUGGCAUUGCGCAUGGUGAUCUUAGGCUCGGCCAUGGAAACCCAUUUCAUGAUGCUCCCAAUGAAUGGUUAUUGUGCUGACGUUGCUUCCAGAGGCAGAACUCGGUAGUGAGUGUUGCAACCGAGGACAGACGAUUUAUACGCGCUAUGCGCUUCAGCACUCGGCGGUCCCGUUCUGUGAGCUUGUGUGGCCCACCACUUCGCGGCUGAGCCGUUGUUGCUCCUACACAUUUCCACUUCACAAUAACAGCACUUACAGUUGACCGGGGCAGCUCUAGCAACAAUGUUGAUUCAACCAGUUCGUGCCCAGUGGGAAGGCUGUGUUAGCCCUCUGAGCUAAAGCCAAGGCUCAGGGAGCUAACACAAGUCUUUAGGGCACAGGUAGGGUUACUCAUUCACCAAACCAUCUUGGUGACACAAAGGUAUACUCCUCUGUGUGUUAUAGUGUGACAGUGUGCGACUUCUGUUGCUACUAAUGUGUUAGAACUACUACUUUCAGUGAGGGAAUGAAUUUUUAUCUUAAACACAUUUUAUUCUAGGUAGCUAGUUAUGUAUAGGUAGCUAUCAAGUAAACAUAGCUUUUACAUGUUUUACUUAAAUUACAUGUAGUUCUCUUCAGCUAUUUUUUUCUGACUCAAUGCAUUGAUGUGAAUCACUGAACAACCACUAAAUACAGCAGAUGUACUUGUCUAUUGAUCCUCUCUUCUAUAAUGUGAACGUGUUGCAUCCCAAGGAUAGAAUCAUACUUUUGUUAAUGCAUUUGUGUGUGUUGACAUGUCACUGUAUUUGCAGGUGCACUCGUCCCUGGCGGUAGGCACACCCGACUACCUGUCCCCAGAGAUCCUGCGUGCAGUGGAGGGAGGGGGAGGCUAUGGCCUUGAGUGUGACUGGUGGGCUCUAGGGAUCUGUGCUUACGAGAUGCUGCAGGGGACCACACCCUUCUACGCAGAGUCCAUCUCUGAGACCUACGCCAAGAUCAUGAACUUCCAGGUAAGAUGGUGACUGAGAGAAACACAUUUUACAGAUUGAUCAGGAGAACAUGUUGAGGGUCAUCAGAAAAUGUACAUACAGUACCAGUCAAAAGUUUGGACACCUACUCAUUCAAGGGUUUUUCUUUAUUUUUACUAUUUUCUACAUUGUAGAAUAAUAGUGAAGACAUCAACACUAAUCCAUAACACAUAUGGAAUCAUGUAGAAACCAAAAAAGUGUUAAACAAAUCAAAUUAUAUGUUAUUUUUUAGAUUCUUCAAAGUAGCCACCCUUUGCCUUGAUGACAGCUUUGCACACCCUUGGCAUUCUCUCAACCAGAUUCAUGAGGAAUGAUUUUCCAACAGUCUUGAAAGAGUUCCCACAUAUGCUGAGCACAUGUUGGCUGCUUUUCCUUCACUCUGCGGUCCAACUCAUCCCAAACCAUCUCAAUUGGGUUGAGGCCAGAUCAUCUGAUGCAGCACUCCAUCACUCUCCUUCUUGGUCAAAUUGCCCUAACAGCCUGGAGGUGUGUUUUGGGUUAUUGUCUCUUCUUCUUAUUGGUGUCCUUUAGUAGUGGUUUCUUUGCAGCAAUUCAACCAUGAAGGCCUGAUUCAAACAGUCUCCUCUUGAUUUGUUUAACACUUUUUUGGUUACUACAUGAUUCCAUAUGUGUUAUUUCAUAGUUUUGACUGGUACUGUACAUAUCGGUGCCAAGAGUGGUGGGAGAUCUGAGGAGGAAGGGAUGUCUAAAAAGAGCUAAUAUUCAAUAGGACUCAAUCCCAAAUCGACCCCUAAACCCUACAACUUAUGCACUUGUGGAGAUCUUAGAUAAUUUGAUUAGUAUAAGCAACAUUGUGAAACUUCCACCUAGCUUCCACCUAUCAGAGGGCAAGGUAGAGCUAUUACGAUAUUGCUUACACCUGUCAAAUCUACAUUUACAUUUACAUUUUAGUCAUUUAGCAGACGCUCUUAUCCAGAGCGACUUACAGUUAGUGAAUACAUAUUUUUUUAUACUGGCCCCCCAUGGGAAACGAACCCACAACCCUGGCGUUGCAAACGCCAUGCUCUAUCAACUGAGCUACAUCCCUGCCGGCCAUUCCCUCCCCUACCCUGGACGACGCUGGGCCAAUUGUGCGCCGCCCAUGAGUCUCCCGGUCGCGGCCGGCUGCGACAGAGCCUGGAUUCGAACCAGGAUCUCUAGUGGCACAGUUAGCACUGCGAUGCAGUGCCUUAGACCACUGCGCCACAUAUCUAAUCAGAUCUUCACAAGUGCAUAGGACGUAGGGUGUAGAAGUCGAUUUGGGAUUGGGCCUUUGUAACCAUUUUCUUAUACAUCUGCAAAGACUGCAAAAAGGUAUAUAUUGAGCUCAAACCUAAAGAAUUGUGAAGAAGAGCUGCAAACUUGAACUAAGAGGAACCAACCAUUAUGUCCCUCCAGGAGCACUUCGAGUUCCCCCCGUCUGGCCCCAAGGUUUCAAACAAGGCCCGUUCCCUCAUCAUGGGGCUGAUCUGCGAGAGGGAGGAUCGUAUGGGGGUUGGGGGCUCUGGGGACUUCAGGAGCCACCCUUUCUUCUGUGGACUAGAUUGGGGCUCCCUGCAUGAACUUCCAGCACCCUUCGAACCUGAAGUCUCCAACGCCACUGACACCUCCAACUUUGACGUGUUGGACGACUGCCUCAGUGAAAUGGUUUUAAUCCGAAAAGCCUAUUUAUAAUCUAUAUACAAUCAAUUCAAAUGUAAAGGGAACCAAUAUAGAGCGACUCCCAUAGAAUAUGACAUGGCUCCAGAAGCAAGCCUGGAAAGCAAAAAAAGUAGAAAACGUAUACUGGUAAUUCCAUGCCAGCAUAGGCAGAAAAUAUUUUUGGUAUCUCAGAUUGUUCUGGCAAUUUUCACAUAGAAUAUUAAUGGGGAGGAAGGAUGUUUGACAUGCUUUUUACAUUUGUAUCACAAACCCUUUUUGAGGAAAUCACGAUGAAAGUGGCCAUUUUAGGCCCUUUUUAGACCGAUACAUGCCUCCUGUAAGAUCCUAUGAUCUGUGAACCGUACAUGAUACAGACAACAUCUUGGUGUCAUUAUACUCCUUAUAGGGCCCUCUAAAAUAUAGAGUAUGUGUAGAUUCAGGAGAAAAGAAAUGCACAUUAAUUUAUUAAACAUAAAAAUAUUACUAUUAAUCUCACAAGUACCCUUUUUGAUUUUGCUUAUUUUUAAACAUAUUGUUAUUACUCUUCAAACACGUCAAAUUUCCACAGUGGGCUCUCUGGUACUUUUAAAGAUAUGACCCAUUUUAUAUACAUAAUAGACAAUAACAUGCAACAAUUUCAAUGAUUUUACUGAGUUACAGUUCAUAUAAGGAAAACAGUCAAUUGAAAUAAAUUCCUUAGGCCCUAAUCUACGGAUUUUACAUGACUGGGCAGGGGCGCAGCCAUGGGUGGGCCUGGUAGGGCAUAGGCCCACCAAGUGGCCCACCCACUUGGGAGCCAAGCCCACCCACUGGGGAGCCAGGCCCAGCCAAUCAGAAUGAGUUUUUCCCCACAAAAAGGCUUUAUUAGAGACAGAAACACUCCUCAGUUUCAUCAGCUCUCCGGGUGGCUGGUCUCAGACGAUCCCGCAGGUGAAGAAGCCGGAUGUGGAGGUCCUGGGCUGGCGUUUUUACACGUGGUCUCCGGUUGUGAGGCCAGUUGGACGUACUGCCACAUUCUCUAAAACGACAUUGAAGGCAGCUUAUGGUAGAGAAAUGAACAUUCUCUGGCAACAGCUCUGGUGGACAUUCCUGCAGUCAGCAUGCCAAUUGCACGCUCCCUACAAACUUGAGACAUCUGUGGCAUUGUGUUGUGUGACAUAACUGCACAUUUUAGAGUGGCCUUUUAUUGUCCCCAGCAGAAGGUGCACCUGUGUAAUGAUCAUGCUGUUUAAUAAGCUUCUUGAUAUGCCACACCUGUCAGGUGGAUGGAUGAUCUUGGCAAAUAAGAAAUUCUCACUAACAGGGAUGUAAACAAAUUUGUGCACAACAUUUGAGAGAAAUAAGCCUUUGUGCAUAUGGAACAUUUCUGGGAUCUUUUAUUUCAGCUCAUGAAACAUGGGACCAAAACUUUACAUUUUAUAGUUUUGUUCAGUAUACAUGGGAAUGGACAUUAUACAGUAGGUCAUUAACCAAUCACAGCACUCCUUUAGGAUUGCACAUUCAGCAAAUCACCAGCAGAGGGAGUUCCCUUUGAAAACAUUUACCAUUUGCUGUGUUUGUGGUGUUCAUAAAAUGUAUCAGAACUUCAAAAUCAGCAGAGAACCGACCCUGGAAAAUCUAAAAGGGUACUUUUGAGAUAUUUUUAAUUGUUGAAUAAAUUAGUGUGAAAAUGUGUAUUUCAGAAUCUAGACAUACUCCAUAUGUUAGAGCAGGGUUUUCCAAACUCGGUCCUGGGGCCCCGCCUGGGUGCAUGUUUUGGUUUUUGCCCUGGCACUCCAUAGCUGAUAAAAAUAAUCAAAGCUUGAUGAUGAGUUGGUUAUUUGAAUCAGCUGUAUAGUGCUAAGGCAAAAACCAAAACGUGCACCCAGGGGGGGCCCCAGGACCGAGUUUGGGCACAUUAUAAAGAGUAUAAUGACGCCAAGAUGUUGUCUGUAUCAUGUACUGUUCACAGAUCAGUCUUACAGGAGGCAUGUAUAGGUCUUAAAAGUGCCUUAAAUUGUUUGUGAUACAAAUGUAUAAAAGCAUGUCAAACAUCCUUCCUCCCAAUGAAGUUUCUAUUUGAGAAUUGCCAUUACAAUCUGAGAUACCAAAAAUAUUAUCCAUCUGCGCUGGCAUGGAAUCGGCCAUACCUGACAUGCAUAUAAAGCACACUAGAUGUAAUGCUGUCUUUUGUCCUGCAGGAAACACUGAGUGACGUGAUGGACAGGGCCCCUAUCGGUGUUCACCUGGCUUUUGUUGGCUACUCCUACACAGCUACAAGGUCACAUUCAUAUCAUAGACUGUCUCAGUAUCAACGUCCUUCAAAUGAAUGGGGUAUCAUACAAAAUGGUGUCAAAACAGUUAAGUUUUUUUCCGCCAAUUGCUCAAUCUCUUACAGACAGACAGGUGCCUUGGACCGCAGUUGUGACAUCAUGAUGGAGAUUGACCACCAGCGACAUUUAGGGUUGCCAAGCCAAAAUUUCCAGGACAAGCUGGUAGGUUGACUAUCCACACUAGCGACUAGCUGAGUUGAGUUGUAAUAGUCAGAACUAGACUAAAUACUAACCACUAGCUAGGCUAGUUAAGACAAUUUGAGUGGUCUCAUGUAGCCGAUGUGGAAUCACUAGCUAGUUAGCUGUAGCUCUGUUACACAUGUACAUGUCAGUUUGUUUAUGCUAACUGCUAUAGUUAACCUCAUCUCAAGUGUGUCAGUCAGCUGUGACACAAAUGCUUAGCGCUUCUUGAGCUAGCGGCGUCUUGAAUGUCUGAUGUGUUCUGUGGCAUGCAUCAGAGAGUUAGGCAUGCAAGAGAUAUUAACGGCUACUAGAUUAUGUUAUUUUCAGGGAACUGAUAUGUUUACCUUUACCAUGCCAUGUAUUUCUGACACUGAGGGUGGUGGUGCUUUCAGAGUCAGAUGUGGCAGCUCAGAGACGCUCUGACAUCGACUGACAACCUGCCUGCCCUGCUUGAGCUCCCCCUAGCAUUGGAGCAGGGUACUGCAGAGUCCACUCACACCACGAUAGAGGAGGAAGAGGUGGAGACAGACCAGAAUUCAGGACUUGAUGAGGACCUGCACAGGUUAGAUCAACCCUGAGUGUGCACAUACAGAUAGACACACACACACACACACACACACACACACACACACACAGAGAGAUACAGGUAUGUACUGCUCUACUGCUAAAAAUGGGUCUUGCUCACCUUUCCCUUCAGACUUGACAACUCUGACAUCUAGGUAAUGUACAUGUAUAUUAUAUAGGUAGCCAUAAUGUAAUGAUGUCAUUUGAUAUUUAGGUGAGUAUUCAUAGCCAAUACCAGAGCACUUGUAUUCAAAGCUGACCCUAUCCACUCAUCCCCAUAGAAGGCUACAGGAGGCAGAGAAGAGGAAUGGAGAGCUGGAGAAAGAGAUGGAGAGACUGAGGGUGGAGAUCGAGGGCCUGAAGUCCCCCAAGGAGACAGGCAAGGGAACUAGCACUCAUCCCUCCUCAUCUCCUCUUUAA